AUGGGCAGGCUCGGCGGCGGCAGCGGCAGCGAGGGGGCGGGCUCGCAGGACCGGGGCCCCGCCUCGCUCUGCUUCCUGCCCGCGCCGGCCGUCGCGCAGCUGGCGCAGGCGUUCGCGCGCCUGGUCGUGCGCGACGAUGAGUUCCUGGAGGGACUCAAGCCGCUGGUCGUGGCGCAGCUGCAGCGCUUCCCGCCGCAGUCCCUGGCGAUGGUGGCCAACGCCUACGCGCGCCUGGGCGGCUACGACCACAUCGCCGUGUCGCAGCUGCUGAACGCCCACGCCAAGGCCAGGGUCUUUGACCGGGAGUUCUUCCUCGCCGCGGUGCGGUGGAUGACGCCUUCUCGUCUGUCGACGUACACGCCGCAGUCCGUCUCAAACAGCUUGCACGCCAUCGCGCGGUUCCCUGCGCUCUGGGACCAGCGGGAGGACCGCAUGCAGGUGCAUGCGCUGUUCGCCACGUGCGUGACGGAGGCCUUGCCGCGUUUGGGGCGCUUCGCGGUACAGAACUUGGUUAACAUGCUGCAGGCAUUCUCAGAGGUCGGCUUCUACGAGCCCUCGCUGUUCGCAGAGGCCACACACGAGCUCGUCCAGCGGCGGGCGUCGUGGAAGACGCAGGACGCGGCCAACCUGGCCAGCGCGCUGUCUCGCGUUGAGUUCUUCGACGCCUCGGCGUUCGAGGCCGUCGCCGCGCUCACGGCUAAGCGCGCGGCGGACUUCCGAAACGACGAGCUGGCCACCGUGCUGAACGCGCUGGCGCACCACGCGCGCCGCUGGCAGGGCGGUGCGGGCGAGGAGGAGCAGGACGAGGAGGAGCUGAUGCCCGCGAUGGCGCCGGCGUUUGCCGCCGCGGCCGCCCGCCUGACGCCGGAGGCGCUGGCCCAGUGCAGCACCUUCGAGGUCGCGCUGGUGCUGAACGCCUACGCGAAGGUGGCUCUCGGAGACGCCGCGCCCGUCUCCAGCGCGGUGGUGGAGUUGGGCGCCCGCGGCAGCGCAGACCCUCCCGCGCCGGUCGUCGCGAGCCUCGCGCUGGGGGCGAUGGGGCGCCUGGGGCUGCUGCCGCCGCCCUGGCUGGAGCGCGCGCUGCUGGCGCACGCCCCUCCCGCCGGCUUGCCGUCGGCCCACGGCUGGGACGCCGUGCGGACAGUCGGGGCGCUGGGCGCGCUGGCGAAGCUGGACGCGGCGUCGCCCGCGUCGCCGCUGCGGCCGCUCGUGGAGCCUCUGCUGCGGCGGCUGUCGGCCAUGCUGAGCGACACGGCGACCACGUCGGCGACUGGUGACGGCCGCGCGGACAGGCACUGGAGUGCGCGGACGGUGCCCAUGGCCCUGUCCGCCGUGGCCUCCCUGGCGUGCGGGUGCGGCCGCCCGUCCUGCCACCUGUGCGCCGACGGCGGGGGGGGGGGC